AUGCAUUGGGCUAAACCGUUGUUCGCGCACAAAAGGCCCCGCCGCGUGGUGACCACUUCGACUCGGGAAGGGGACGUGGUCGUGCGACCGUCGCGUAGACGUUCGAAGUACGUCGGGCAUCAGCACCCAGCACAUGGGAUCGAUAUCAUGCGAGACAGUACUGGUCUGUUCUAUUGGGUGGCAGAUCGUCAGUUCUCCGUAGCGCGGCUGUCACUGCGUGAGAUGAUGCAAUGCACGUUUUGUGAUCACAUCCUCGUCUGUCUAACCACACAGCAACGCACGUCCAAGCUGGGACUGGCCAGUUUCGUCAUGCCUCUUCGAUCCACCCGGAUCCCGAUGCAAGAGUUGAAACCGAUAGUGUUUCUCGGCGACGGUGCUCUGGUCGAACAGGAAUGGUGCUCUUUGAGAAAUUUUCCACAAAUCUACAUUCUUUCCGGCUCUCCACUGAGUCGGGCCUACCUAAGAGCUGCGGGGGUGGAAACGUGCUCCACUUGUGUGGUUCUAUCUUGCUCGGAUGGAACCCACGGACGACAAACUCUGAUGAUCGAUAAGGAGAGUAUUCUGUCCACAUUGAACAUUCGGCGUAUGUUCGCGGAGGUCAAUGAACACGGUGAGUUUUGUCUCUGUCAGUCCAAUGCUGUUUGUAAAACUCAAACUCUGAUAAAUCCGACGAAAAUUCUCACGUGUUACGCCUCAUAUCUUCAGAAAUCGCUUGUCGGGAACUGA